AUGUACUACUCGACUCAGGUGUCCUCCCACAACCAGACUGACCCGCUGACCACUGAACAGAAAAUCAACGACUUCAUCAAAAACAAAACAGGUGGUCACAUCAAAGAUAUUGUCACGUCAGGCAGCCUUUCAAGUGGAGCAGAGAUUGUCCUCGCCAACGCACUGUACGUGUUCGCGGCUUGGAAGAAACCAUUUAAGCAGCGGGAAACCUCGAAACAGAACUUCUAUCCAACUACUGGACCAGCAAUUCAGAUUGACAUGUUGUACGAUAGCUUCAGAAAAGUAAGAACCAAGUACAACUUCUAUGGAGCGGACAUGGUCGAACUGCCCUGCACUGGAGACAGAUAUUCUAUGUAUUUUCUCGUGCCUAAGUAUGGCACCCCGCUGGCUGAAUUAGGGAAAUCUUUAACAACAGGCAACAACUCCAAAGAACUGUUUGAAGACCUCACAGAAGAGUAUGUUGAGUUCAGAGUUCCCAGGUUUCAAGUGGAAUCCACGUAUGAACUGAGUUCAGUUCUGAAAGACUUGGGCGUGGUCAAGGCUUUUGAUUCAGGACAGGCAGACUUCAGAGCACUCAGCAAAACCAGUGAGAAGAGAAAUGAUUCUUACCAGGUGACAGAGCAGAUGCGUAUUUGGUCAGCCUGCUACAGAAACUAUGAAUAUCCAUACUCUUUCACUUAUCCAUGCUUUUUCAAACGCUAG